CACACACACACAUUCACACACCAACGCACAAACGGUGACGCGUUCGGUGUUCCUGAUAAUCUGUCUCCGACCAUCAUCAACCCUCCUCUCGUCUCCUGCUCAUCUCUCUGCGUCCCGCCGCUCCUCCUCAGUCUCCGCGGAGGUUCCGGCGCCAGGACACCGAGCGCACGGUUCCCUUCUUUUUCCCCUUCUCUCCUCCACACACCACCGGCGUCGCUUCUCUUUUUCAACCUCCAAGAUCUGGACUUGUUUUUUUUCUUUUUUUUCUGUGCGUGUGUGUUGGGGGGGAUCAAUGUGUAUAUAGCCUAUAUGUAUAUAUAAGAUGACUUGAGAGAUGUAGCGCGAACGGCGCGGCUCUGGGAGAAGCUGCUGAACGCGCCGUGCGUAACAGCGCGGCGCUGGGGAGGAAGCAGAUGGAUGGAGAGGCUGGCGGCGGGAUGCGGCUUUCCGGCGGGUCGGAGCCCCGUUCGGGAGCGGCGGGGACUCGGCGCGCUCUGCCGCGGGACCAACCCGGACGGGAUACAGCGAGGACGAAGCUUUCUGGUUUAAACAUUGACUUUGCCCUGUGUACUUCCUGUGAUCAUUGUGGCUCCUUGAACAUAAAAGUCCCCAGUCAUCCCAGUCCCUAGACUCUUAGAAGACAAAGUUUCCACUUGCCUUUACCCUUGGCUGCUGUUUCUUUCCCCUCAGUUUAAAACCUUAAUGAAUCCUUUUAACCUCAUUGUUAUUCAGUGAAAUCAGUACUUGGAGGCAGUGAAGUAACACCCAUCACCAUCCUCCAUUUAUGACUCCACUCUUUCAUGCUAACUUCAUCUUAAACCCGUAAGAUUGGAGUCAUGGCCCUGGAUGUGUGGCCCUACAUCCCACCGUCCCCCAACAUCACCGUCCCCGAGCCCCUCCUGUACGACGCCUACAACCAAGAGAAUGACUCGAGCGGCAACAUCUCAGACCCCACAGAGCCCCAUCAGGACAAGACCAGCUCGGUCGUCCUCACCUUCAUCCACUUCAUGGUGUGCGCCGUGGGUUUAUGCGGCAACACCCUGGUGAUCUACGUGAUCCUGCGCUACGCCAAGAUGAAGACGGUGACCAACAUCUACAUCCUGAACCUGGCGGUGGCGGACGUCCUGUGCAUGAUGAGCCUGCCGUUCAUCGCCCUGCAGCUGGCGCUGGUCCGCUGGCCCUUUGGAGAAGCUCUGUGCCGGGUGAUCAUGACCGUAGAUUCUCUCAAUCAGUUCACCAGCAUCUUCUGCCUCAUGGUGAUGAGCAUCGAUCGCUACCUGGCCGUGGUUCACCCCAUUCGCUCCACCAAAUGGCGGAAGCCCCGUAUUGCCAAACUAAUCAACGUCACAGUGUGGGGCGUCUCGCUGAUAGUCAAUCUACCAACGAUGAUCUUUAGCGGCCUGAACCAGCUGCCGGUGUGCGGCAUAGUGUGGCCCGAGCCCCAGGACCUCUACUACAAGAUCUUCAUUUUCUACACCUUCUCCAUUGGAUUUUUCAUGCCACUGGCAGUGAUAUGUCUCUGCUACCUGCUCAUAAUAAUCAAGGUGAAAUCGUCCGGAAUACGAGUGUGUUCCUCCAAGCGAAAGCGCUCCGAGCGCAAGGUGACACGGAUGGUGUCCAUUGUGGUGGUGGUGUUCGUCCUCUGCUGGCUGCCUUUCUACAUUUUCAAUGUCACCUCCGUCACCAGCUCCAUCACGCCCACCUCGGCGGUGAAGACUUCAUUUGACUUCGUGGUGGCGCUGGGCUACGCCAACAGCUGCGCCAACCCCAUCCUGUACGCCUUCCUGUCCGACAACUUCAAGAAGAGCUUUCAGAAUGUGCUGUGCCUGAAGAAGGUGGCGGGCCUGGACGAGAUAGAGCGCAGCGACAGCCGGGCCGACCGGAGCCGGAUGGUCAACGAGGCAAUGCUCAUCAACGCCAACCUGGAGACCCACAACUCCGCUCUGCUCAACGGCGAGCUGCAGACGAGCAUCUGAUUGGCGAGGGAAGCGGCAUCCCAAGAGGCGACGAAAGCAGUGGGGCUGCAUCACGUUUGAAUUGCGAGGCCACGGCGAUGUUGCAAUGGCAGCUCAUGGACACAUGAGCAAAGUCUGAGAGAAAAACAAAGGGGUUCGUAGAGUUCAGAGAAAGUGUAUUGGCUCCAUUUAUAGACUCCUGACGACGGGGUAAAUGAGGCAACCUGUUUACCUUCCGAUCGACCAAAAGUACAAGAGAUUUAUUUUGGUUGAAAUAAGAAGAGUGCUAGUGGUGCCUGUCAGAUUCAGUCUUCACAGAUUAAAGCAAACGGUAAGAUGAGACAGACCGCUGCGGACAUGGAGUGAAGAAAUACAGGAGCAACGUUGCCCUGUAUCGGCAAUCAGGAGAGUAAUCUGAAUUCGAUCCACAACCUCUAUCGAAUCACCUUCGCAAAGACGGAAAUGACAAAGGAGUACUUAUAUUUUCUGUAGCCUUUUAGACUGAAACCGCUGCCACAGACAACAAGGGUAACUCUAUACUUUAUUCACGUCAGCUCAUUAGUUUGGUUAUUCAGAACUGAAAGGGGGAACAAAGAGGAAUCCUUUUACCUCCUGAUGGAUUCUGUUCUCGUUUGGCUGACUUUUUAUCUUUACGGACAGAGUAGCGGUGGCUCGUAAGCACCAAUUCAACAUCUCGGAUUAAUGAUCAAGGAUGGGAAAUCGUUUCUGCUGACAGCCUAACCUUGCUUCUCCAAAACAACAUGACGGUGUACAUAGUGAACAGAUUUAGAGGAAACUUUGCAACAAAGUGAAACUGUUGCUUCCCGUGUGUCAAGAAUGAAAUGGAUUUUAAUGGCAAGACAAACUUCUACAUAUUCUUGUCAACUGAAGUUGGUGGUUUGUACAGUGCAGGUCUACUUGAUCCUGACUGAGUCGUCCCUUGCACCGCUGCGAAGGACCCUAUAUCUAUUUGUACAGUGUUGUGUUUUGACAAGCUCGCUGCUUGGCGGUAAAACGUGACCCUCUGAUUCCUGUUUGGUUUGGUCAGCCUAUGUAUGAGAGGGUGUCCAAAUUUCCCAGAAGGCCGAAAAAUGCGUCACGCGUUUGAGCAAGGGCGUGAGAAACGGUGGAACACAAAGGGAGAUGAAGAUAUCUGAUGAAGAUAAAGUUUGAAACGGCCGAGGUGAGAUGUAUGAAUCAAAGAGAUCAGCAGAAAGUGAGGUCCUCAAAUAUGUGGGCGAGUGAGUAAAGCUGGAUAAAAAACAGAGCUGCUAGUGUGAAGAACAAGCAUUAUGUAACACACACACACAUAUAUAUAUAUAUCUGCCAGGUUAUUUACCUUUUGAGACCAACGUAUUUGAAUUUCUUAAAUUGGCAUUAGCAUUUUAGUAUCCGUAAUCUUUCAGUGUCGCCCGUACAGUCUGUGUGCUGCCGGUCUGGUGAUUAGCAUUGCCUCCAUACCCCGGUUCCUCUAUGGCGCCUCAUUAGUCUCUUUACUCUGUUUUUCAUUGUGUCACAAAACCCACAAAGAGAGAGGUUGGGAUUGACGUGACCCUCGACAAGAGAGAAAGAGUGCGAAUGAGAGAAUUCCCACAAAAUCGGAACGGGUCAUCCAAGACGGCCAGAGGUGAGCAGAACCGAACCGCGAUCCUGAAAGGUUCACGGUGACGAUGAGAAGGACCGGUCCUAGAAAAACCGUGUCACACUCAAACAUGAACGUGCGAGCCAGAGCGUGGUUGGACGCCUGAUUGGGAAUGAGCGGAAAGAAAUGUGAGUAAAGUUGAUACAGUGGAAAACAAUAUGUACACAUAAAAAUGAUUUGCCACUUAAUCCGAAGCGAGAAAAACAGACGCAAAAGUUUCAGUCAAACGACUGACCAUGGGAUGUUAGUUAUAUCUUCACUUUUCGCCAACAAAUUUAAUAUUCCGGUGAGCUCAGAACAAAAUUAAGACAACUUGGUUAGAUUUGCAGGUAAACUAAAGUUUUCUGCACUAUACCAGCAUCUGCUGUGCCUCAUAUUUAUUAAUUGUUAAUUUGUACUACAUCCAUAGCAGUUUGUCAGACCUUUCCCUAAAAUAAUCGAGUUUUAAUUGAGCCUCAAUCGUAGCUGGCAAAUUAUAUCUGCUCACCAGGGGAAGAUUCAUCAAAAGAUAAAGAAAAAUAAUAAUAAUUGAAAUUCUUUGCUGUGUAUCGCUUCACUCAUGUUGACAGAAUGAGUCCAGGAAGCAAGCACACACAUGCAGGGCGAUUUUUUUUUUCUCUCUUUCCAAUCGUUGGGGUGGAGACGCUUCCCAAAAGCGCCUGGAUGUUGGUGUCACAGCUGGGUGGCUGGGAGAUUUGUCAGAUAUCUCAGGAGCCAGCGCGUACAAAGUCGUUAACCACGCAGAUAAAUCCUCUCUGAAAGCAUCAACCUGCAUAAUCAGAACAGAUGAGAAGCACAGAUACAUUUCUUUGUGCUCUGCUAUUCAUUCAUUCUCUAUGUUUUUCACAUUAUAUCAACAGACCUAAUAAGAUGAACGAUUUCUGUGGCAAACCAACAGAAAGUAGCACAUCGAUGUAAAAUGGAAGGAAAUUUUUAAUUUUCUUUUUUUUUGUUGUUGUUUUGUUCCUUUGCUUAUUUUUUUUCAUGAAUAAAAACCUGAAAAAUG